GCGCGCCACACCACCUUCUUUAUCAAGUACUACCUUGGUGAGUUUUUGAGCUGACCAUCCUCUACACGAUUUCCCGGACAUCACCGACAAGCACAUCAGUGUGAUGUUUGAGCUGCUCAACAAUCCAGGCUACAAUGGCAAUCCGCUCAUCGCGCAAGAGUUGCGUCCAUGGGUUCAAGACUACUGUAAUGUUCACGGAUUCGCCCCCAUCCGCAUGCAAAAUUGCCAACAGACCGCAGCGUACACGGCUACAAGCAUCCUCACAAACCUCAAAGUUAACCAUCUCCGGAGAGCGCAGCGGCGACACUAUUAUCGUCGUGUCCGUCAAUUUACAAAGUACGCGACGUUUGAAGAGUACCCAACCGAAGAGGAGCUUGCGCGCCUCACACGACUUGAGCGGACCAUCCUCGACGAGUUAUGGGCUCUGUUUCCUCCCCGGGAUGAGCCGCUUGCGUACAGCCUUGCGGUGGACGCAAUGCCAUAUUUAGGUGCCUAUUGUGAGCUCUCACGCCUCUAUGAGCGCCGUGGAAUGCGGCUGUUUUCCGCUAUCCCGCUGCGCAAAUCUCGAAUCCAGUCAUCUGUUCGGAUCGACACGGAGAUCCUAGGCACUCAUAUCCUGGGCUUGGGCCAACAUCGCAUGGGGAAACUCACCGAUGAACGCAAGCAGGAGCUGUGGGGGCAGUUUCUCAACGUGAAUGACAAGGUCUUCAAGGAUCGAAAGAAGCUUGGUCUCAAAUUUGAUGGGUCAAUCAGCACAAACGGGUAUUCCGCUACCAUCCACUUCAAGAAGCCAGGGCUAAAGUACGGCCAUCGCGCCCAGAAGCGCAGCAAAGCCCAAAUGCAGGAAGAAGUUAAGCAGCUGUAUUUUGAGCACCACAUCGCCGAACUACGGGAGGCUCCAAACAUCGUUAGCAUUGAUCCGGGCAAGCGUGACCUCUUGCUCUGUCGAGACAUCAAGAAGGAGCGGCCAUUUCGAUACACAUCCAAUCAACAGGCGGUCGAGACAAAGUCUCGGUACUUUCAAAGAGACAUGAGAGAGCGAAAGAUCAAUGCCGGCAUCGCUGAGAUGGAAUCACAUAUUCCAUCGCACAAGAGCAUGAACAUCGAGGCGUUCUCAGCGUUCAUUGUGGAUUACGAACAUGCGGAUCCCGCCCUGGAUGAGUUUUACCAGGAUGAGAUUCACGUGGCUCGCAGAUUCAAGGCGUUCUCACUGCGGCAAAAGUCCCAGAGCAAGCUCAUCAAGAACAUGCGACGCCUGUAUGGAAGGCAUUUUUCGGUCAUCUUGGGUGAUUGGAGCGACGCUGGAAAAACCAUGCGCUUUCAGGAGUCAUCAAAGACCAAAGGAUUCCGCACACUCUUUGCAAGAAACAGCAUUCCAUGCUACUUGCUAGAUGAGUAUCGAACGUCCUCCGUGUGCCCCAACUGCCACGGCCGUGUAAAGAAAAACAUCCGACAACGGCUGUCAUCUCGGCCGUGGCAAGCUAGAAAGGGAAGAAUGGAAUACGUCCAUGGAUUGGUGGGUUGCCCCAACCCCGAAUGUAUCAACCAAGACUGGACGCCAUUUGAGAUUCCUGGAAGACGACGACCACUACGACUACGGAUGAGAGUGCACAAUCGGGACGUCCUGAGCACCAAGAAUUUCCUCUCGAUUGUGCGUUCGGUGGUGUUUGGCAAUGGCCGCAGACCAGACGCAUUCUCCCGUAACCGUAGGUAGUCUAGAUUUCACCCCAUCCCAUUUUCCGUGGUGGUUAUCUGCCAUCCACAUCAUUGUACCUCUGCCUGAGGCGUCGCCGAUGAUGGCAACUUGUA